CGCCAUUUUGGUCGCCAUGGAAGCUGAGGCGCAGAGGUUGAAAGCGGCUUUUCAUUACACUGUUGCUCGUCUGUGCGAGGACGUUGCUGAAGAUAAAAACAUUCAGUUUAGCAGACAGACCAUUGCAGCUAUUUCUGAGAUCACCUUUCGACAAUGCGAAAUGUUUGCAAAGGACCUUGAAAUGUUUGCCAAGCACGGAAAACGGAGUACAGUUAAUGUUGAAGAUGUGAAACUUUUGGCUCGAAGGAGUAACUCAUUGUAUUUUCAGGCACCAGCAGACCUAGAAAAGAAGGAGUUACUGGUUCUCCUCUCGGGGCUGACUGAACGGGCAUCCUCGCACAUGAACACAUCUCAUCUGUCAAGGCAGGAGAAGAUUGGAGCUGGACCGCGGGGACACAGGGUGCCUGCCCCUCAGCCCCCAACUAGGGAGAAGCCGUCCUGUAAAAACUUUUUCUGGAAAACCUUCUCCUCUUGCUAACCAAUUGUUUCCUGCCCGGAUGGACACAAGUGUGGAUCUGACUGGUGACUUUUGGGAGUAAACCCACUUCUGUAAUUCAGUUUCACUUUCUAUUGGUAUUAGAAGUGUACCUACCGAAAAGUUAGUUUAUAUUGUUGUUGAAUCUCCUCACCCCCACGCAGGUGCUCCUGCUGGCUUUUAAUGGUGCCCACCAUCGUCCCCCCCAUCUCUUGUGUGACAAAAAACACAACUUUGCUCAUGUUUUAAAUGUACUUUGGUUGAAUGUAGAAUAUACGAAAAGACCCGUUUCCCAUUUGGUCUUCUGUAUGGGCUUGCCGAUCAGAAAGGUUGGCGGUUCCGCGGUUCGAACCC